AUGGAGGACAGCCCUUUAUCAACCACCGCGAACAUAUCCGGAAUCCUCACGUUCCUUGCCGCCGUCUUCACUUUCGUCUACGUUCGCUACAACACUCUCCAAAAUGGCCAUGCUGAAAUGAAUGACAUAUAUGAAUCCGUCAAAGCCACAAUCGAAGAGACUCGUCUGAUGGAGAGCCAGAUUGAGAUUCAGCCAGGCUUGGAAAAAGUGCGAGAAAUCUUCCACAAACUCUGGCGAACUGAGAUCAGCAUUAUGAUCGAGCUCGCUAAAGCCAUUGGAGGUGAUGAACUAGCCCAUAAAGUCCGCGGACAGACCAGCAUCGAGCCUGAUUCGCACCAUAAUGUCUUCAAGUGGUUGUACAAGGACGAGGUGGAUUAUGGGCUGGGUCAAGAGCGCUGGGUUAAGAGAAUCCCUCUUCUUGCUGUUGCUCUAACAACUGUGAGACUUGCUUGGAAUCUCGGCGCGACACCAAAGCUGCUACGGUGGUAUAUGGUGCGAGAGAAAGUGAUGGAGAAGAUCCGGGACAGGGAUAAUUAUAGGUCGCGUUUGCGGUCUCACCAGCUGGCUCUUUUGAACCAGUAG